GGAAGGAAAUAAUUAUAGGAAAGUAUCUCUCCUGGGAGUGGUGCCAGGAGAGUAUUAUGCAGUGUUAUCUCAACGGCUCUGCCAUUCUUCACAUAGACUCACAUCCAGGAGCUCCACAUGGAUCCCGAUGCAGCAGGACAUCCCUGGAACUCUGGACCUGUUCAAACCCAACCUCAAUGGCAGAGCAUGCCUCCACCAUACCACCAGAACCAGCUCUAUAACCCCAGGGCGAUGGUGCCCCUAGGACUGGAGCUUCUUGUAGAGGCAGAAGAAGCUAUCCUCGAGAAACAAGGACAUCGCUGGAACUCUGGACCUGUUCAAACUCAACCUCAAUGGCAGAGCAUGCCUCCACCAUACCACCAGAACCAGCUCUAUAACCCCAGGGCGAUGGUGCCCCCAGGACUGGAGCUUCUUGUAGAGGUAGAAGAAGUUAUCCUCCAGAAACAAGCUUUCUUCAACAGAUCUGGGCAAACUCUCUUCACCAUACAUCGGGAGUCAGAGUGCUGUGGACCAGGCUUCAAUGUAAGGUUUCGAAAUCCAUACCAGAAGGACGUGGUGUCACUGUAUGCGGAAUCAGGGGGAUGUUGCUGGGGAGGAUACAGUCAUGUAAGGAUUUCUGUUUUUCCUGCGUGCACUAUCGGUUUCAUCAACAUUAAAAACUAUUCUCGGAAAAUGAGUGUCUCCAUCCGAACGAACUCUGGAGAGCUUGUGUUCACUGCUGAGCUGCCCUUAUCAGGCUCUGAGAAAAUUAUUGAGAUACUCAGUGUAAAUGGAUCUUGUCCUGUGGCCACGAUAACUACGGAGGGAGCAAAUUGUGAUGUCAAUUUCCAGUUUCCCAUGGACAUGGAGGCUACAUUGAAAACUCUUAUCUUGGCUGCAUUCGUGUACAUGAGAUAUCAACUGAGUAAAAUGUCUAGCAGCAGCAGCUCCUCGGCUUAUCACAGGGGUCGGAACACUGCCAAUCACGAUGACGACCACCGUUGGGGUCAUGGAGGCUUCAAUGGACAUCUUGGUGGUGGAGGUUUUAUUGGAGGGUACGGUGGAGGAGGGAACUUUGGAGGUGGAGGAGGAGACUGUGGAGGAGGGAACUCUGGAGGUGGAGGAGGAGACUGUGGAGGAGGGAACUCUGGAGGUGGAGGAGGAGACUGUGGAGGAGGGAACUCUGGAGGUGGAGGAGGAGACUCUGGAGGUGGAGGAGGAGACUGUGGUGGUGGAGGAGGGGGCUGUGGUUAAUUGUGUUUCUUAAUUUCUUGUGUUCACCAUCAUUGUGGCAGUCAGUCACUUUUACCCUAUGUCAGAAUCCUCAGCCACCCCAACAUCUGUCUCUGUGCUCUCACUUAGACCUUAUACUGAUUUCUUGGUUCUCUUUGACAGUUCUUCACAGACUAUUAUCCAUGUCAUGUACAAGGCCGUAGUAUACUCUAGCUGUUCUAUUUGAUAUGGACAUCUAAGCUGAAAACUAUGCCAAAGCUUCAAGAAUGUUUUUUUCAUAUCCUUGAGUUUACAAAUUCCCAAAGUAAUUUUUUUCAUUUUCAAAACUUUAGCCACGAGGGUCACAUCCAUAACUAUUCCAUCACAUACAAAAAUAAUUACUAAAGAAAACAAAUGCAGCUCUCACCUGUUACAUCUGUUGUGAGCUCGGUUAUCAGCCUGGACACGGGUGCUGCCUGGAAAUUGAAAAAAGAGUGAAAAGUCCAGCUCUAAACAACAGUGAGUACUUUAUUUGCAUUGCGGUAAAAACUUCCAACUCUAAAGUGCAGGAAAUAGUCUACGCGUUUCGGACCUUAAUCAUGACAUGCAUCACAAUAUUAAAGUUUCCUAUAUACUCCUCCUGCACCUAUCCACAAUGAUUAAGGUGUCACAGGAUCGGAAACUAAUUAAUAAAAUCAGAACACAUGAUAUUCUUCCUUAAAACAUUCACAUUCUCAUAAAAUCAAAGAUCCAAACAAUGCAAUGGUUAGCGGAGAAUUUUUUAUCAGUAAUGCUGUAAGAUCAAAUCACGUCUCUUAUUUAAACCUGUAGGAAAACAUGUACCUCACUGGAACAUCCAGAAAGCCCCUCUAUUCGCAGGAACCAUCGAAGGACCACUAACGCAAGGUUAUGUGGAAUGUUAGUAUACAGGGACACCACGUCUGCCGUGAUCCAGGCACACGUGUCUCUCCAUUCAAAAUCCUCAAACGCCUGCAAGACCGACCUGUGUCCCUGAUA